AUGUACUUCUCAGACUUCAUAUUUCAUCAUUCAAAUCGGAAGACUCGAUGUGGUGAAAGUGCUGCUACUAAAGUUAAAAAUUCGUCACUUUUCAACGUUUCCGAGCCGGAACAGUUUAAGAAAGUGCCCGCGUACAAAUACGUUAAUAACCCCCUGACCAAAGACCUCUACGAUCCUGGCUUCGACAUCCCCAACCCCGGCCUUUGCCCGGAAUCAGGAGCUUCCCUCAAACUGUUGAUUAUCAUUGAAAACGCUAGGCAUCGCUCCGAUUUACGCGAGGACAUUCGCCGGACUUACGGACACUCAUUCGCCUUGAGGAAGGACGUGGCCAAAAUGUUCUUAUUAGGUCGCCCUGAAAAACCUGGUGCCCAGCCAGACAUCCCGUCCGAGUCUGAUCGUUACGGAGACAUGGUGGUUGGUCGAUUCGUCGAUACUUUUUACAACCUAACCCUGAAAACUACGGCAGCUCUUGAGUGGGUAUCGACUUAUUGCAGCAAAGUGAAAUUCAUUUUCAAAGCGGAUGAUGAUGUAUUUCUCAAUAUUCCAAGGAUACUUGAUCUUAUCGAAUUGUGGGGUGACGAAAAAAGAGCAAUCAUUGGAGAAGUAUGCAGAUGGAGUCACACGAAGGAUAAGAAAGACAAGCACUACGUUGAACCUGAAGUUUAUAAUCUUCCAUAUAACCCUGCUUAUGCGUUUGGACAAUCUGGUUAUUUAGUGACCACUGAUAUCGUGAAAGAAUUGCUUGAACGAGGCCUUAAUACCGCAUAUCUGAAUAUAGAAGAUAUCUUUUACACCGGAGUCAUUGCCCCUGCAAUUGGUGCCACGAGAGCAUUUCACGAGCGCAGUUUUAAGUGGCACGAUCCUGAUUACUGGGUUCGGUCUAAAAACAAGAAGAAGUGUAGUAUUCAGGACAAUGUUAGUGUAUGGGCACCCGAAAGGAAGCAAAAGUAUUUCCUGUGGAAUAUGACUCAAACAGACCGAAAUUAUUGCACCUAG